AUGACGUCAUACAGAGAGACUUGUUGGUUACCUGCCCUGUCGUCCGUCGACCAGUAUAUGAAAUACAUUGGCGCAUCGUUUCCACUCCACCCUCUCCACCUCGAACCGUCUCCCUCCGCCUCCCCCCUCAAGGCCCAGCUCGGCGGGUGGCUGGGCGCUCCCGAAGACGGCAAGAAGUUCCUGUGCCUCGACGAGAGGUUCCGCCUCGACCGGAACGACUGCGUGGUCCUCUCCUUCGGCGUCAACAACGAGUGGUCUUUCGAGGAUGACGCCGAGAGCCUGGGCUGCAAGGUCUACGCCUUCGACCCCUCUAUGGGCGCGCAGGACCACGAGAGAUCGCCCAGCAUCCGUUUCUUCAGCCUCGGCAUCUCGGAUUACCAGGGCGAGAUGAACGUCAGUCAGCUGAUCGACAUCAGAGCAGGAAGAGCGAAGGAGCUCCCCGUCGACCGCUACGAGAACAUCGUCCGGCGUCUGGGACUCGAAGGCCGCGUCAUCGACUACGUCAAGAUGGACAUCGAACUCGCCGAGCUGGACGUCCUGCGCGAUCUGCUGGACAACUCGCCUCGCCUCCUCAGGAACAUCAACCAGAUCGCGUUCGAAGUCCACCACGACCUGAUGGAAGGCAGGAUGCGAGCGGGCAGCAACGUGCAGGAUUUCUGGACGCUUUUCCACCGCCUCGAAUGCGCUGGCUUCCGGAUCCUCCAUUCGCACAAGACCUGGAAAUGGCAGGAAAUGGUGUGGGCGAGAGAUGGUGUAAUGUGAUUGAAUUUUUAUUUUCAUUAUUUUUUGUAAAUUUGCUGU